GGUCCUAACCAGGUGUUUGAAUUGCAGUCACCUCAUUCUAAUCUUUGCAUCCAUGGCGUCUUUGCAAUGCAACAAACCGGCUGACCGCAGCCACCACCAGAGGCACGACCAAUGCCAUCAGGAACACCAACACCAUCACGGCCACGGUCCGGCGGGGGGUCACGGCUGCGGUCCGGCGGGGGGUCACGGCCACGGUCCGGCGUGGGGUCACGGCCACGGUCCGUCGGGAGGUCACGGCCACGGUCCGUCGGGGGGUCACGGCUGCGGUCCAGCGGGGGGUCACGGGCACGGGCACGGGCACGGUCCGGCGGGGGGUCACGACCACGGUCAGGCGGGGGGUCACGGGCACGGUCCUGCGGGGGGGCACGGCCAGUGCAUGCCAGCCAAUCCCAAUGUCGGACACUGCCAGCCAGCCAAUCCCAACGUCGGCCACUGCCAGCCAGCCAGUCCCAAUGUCGGGCACCACAGCGACAACAGUGACAGUGACGACGAUUGUCGCAGAGGUCAGCACUAAAGGAAGAAUUGGAAGAAGGAGGAAGUGGAAGGGUACUUACUAGAUUGAAGGGAAGGGAAUCAGAGAAUGCAUCUAAACUGCUACUGCUACUCCUACUACUAAGUAUUCGAGUGACGCCUAAAAUAAAUAAGACAAUUUAUAAGACACCCUACUUUAUCUCAUUUUCCUUCUUCCAAAUAAAGUUUCUGUAUUGCUAUCCUUACUAUCAAUAUAAAAUGCAUAUGUUUAAA